CAAACAAUUAGAGGCUCAAAAAUUUGAUGUAGAUGAAUUAUUUCAAUUUACCAUGAAGAAAAAUUGGAAGGAAGUGCUGAGAAUAUGCAAGAGCUACCCUUCGGCUGCUUGCAACGCUAAGCUAACUAAAUCAGAAGAGACAGCUCUGCACAUUGCUGUCUCAAGUUACCAUGUAGGUGAAAAGGAAGCUCAUGCACUUGCAGCAACCAUAGGGCAACUGGUAGAAUCACUACCAGUGGGCCAGGCAGUCGAGAUCCUUAAAGCGCAAAACGACAAAGGAGACACAGCUCUCCAUCUAGCUGCAGCACUUGGCAGUGUCACAAUCUGUGAUUGUAUAGCCAGGAACCGCAAUCAGAUUUAUCGCGAGCUCAUCAUGAUCCGCAAUCGGAAGGGCGAAACACCAAUGUUCUUGGCAGCUCAUCACGGCCAUAUGGAAGCUUUUCAACUGCUUCAUCAGCUCUACAAUGGGAAUGCAAGCGAACCAGAUUAUUCACUCGGUAGAAGGAAUGAUGGGGAUACCAUUCUGCACUCUGCCAUAUCUGGGGAAUACUUUGCAUUGGCAGACCUGAUAAGUAUCAAAUACCGCAAGCUUGUCAAUUCUGUCAAUGAGGAAGGCUUUUCUCCUCUCCACAUCCUAGCCAGGAAGCCAAAUGUAUUUGAGAGCAGCAGCAAUCUUCGACUCUGUGAUCGAAUGCUCUAUCGCUGUGUAUAUGUCCCUGAGGUUAAGAACCGUCAAUCCAGAAGAGGAGACCGGAGAAGUUUAGAGGCGACCGGAGAGCACUAUCCCAAGAACUACCAGACGUGUGUGAACUUCAUUCGUCUAAUUUCGACUGCAUUCUGGCUAAUUGCUCCUCUUGGGAAAGGUCAAGAUCAAGGUCAAGGUCCAGGUACAGAAGAUCCAGAAGAGGGAAAAAUGGAAGGUCAAGCUUCUCGUGGAGAAGAUUCUGAUUCCAGACAACCGGGCAGUACAGAAGACAGAGAAAUUCCAAUAGAGGGAAAUCAAGGAAAAGAGCUCAAUGAUGAGAACACGUUUCCACCUAACUAUGCUACCUGCAUUCAGUUGUUCAAAUUUGCAAUCAACCUUGCACUAAUUAUUUUCGGAAUCGGCAUUUGGAAGAUCAGCAAGAUUGCGGAGAAGAAACAGAGGCACAAUAGGGCUGUUCGGAUGAUGGAUAAAUUGAUUGAGAAAGAAUCACGAUAUAAGUACAGUCACGAUGGGCAAAAUCCCAUAAAUGCUGCAGAACCGAUGUAUGAAGGAAGGUUUGUCGUUCCAAAAGCAGCACCAGAAACACCUGAUACUCCUUCAAGCUCGAAAGACAACAUCCCUGCAAGCAAAUCCAAAGACAAGAAAAACAAAAUUGAGAGUAAACCAGAAGCCAACCCCAAGGACGCUAAGGAGACAUCAAUAUUACUUGCAGCAAAGAUGGGUAUAUCAGAAAUGGUGGAAAAAAUCCUGAAAACCUUUCCAGUGGCCAUUCAAGACUUGGAUGCAAAUGGGAAGAAUGCCCUGCUCUUGACCGUUGAGAACAGGCAAAUCAAGGUGUUUGAUUUAUUAAUGACAAUGAAACUCCCGGAAUUUGUCCUUUAUCAAGUUGACAAAGAAGGAAACAGUGCAAUGCAUCUCGCUGCAAAGUUUCAAGAACACCAACCUUGGCGAAUUCCAGGUGCUGCAUUGCAGAUGCAGUGGGAAAUCAAGUGGUUUAAGCAUGUCAAGCACUCCAUGCCGCCACAAUGUUUCAUCCAGUACAACAAGAAAGGUGAGACUGCAGGAAAAAUUUUCAUGAAGACACAUGAAAAACUAGUAGAAGAUGGAAGUAAGUGGAUGAUCAAAACCUCCGAAUCAUGCUCUCUGGUGGCAGCACUCAUUGCAACAGUGGCAUUUGCUACCUCAUCAACAAUUCCAGGUGGUCCUGAUCAAAAGUCUGGUCAUCCAGUUCUCGAAAAACAACCUGCAUUCAAUGUUUUUUCUGUUGCUUCACUUGUUGCUCUCUGCUUCUCUGUGACUGCCCUGGUGUUUUUUCUAGCUAUCCUUACCUCAAGAUGCCAGCAAAAGGACUUCAAAAAGAGUUUGCCAUGGAAGCUUUUAUUUGGAUUAAGCUCACUAUUCACCUCCAUAUCUGCAGUACUGGUCUCGUUCUGUGCAGGACAUUUCUUCAUGCUCAGCGAUCAAAUCCAUAGGGCAGCACUUCCCCUCUAUGCUGUAGCAUGUCUACCAAUAACCUUUUUUGCUUUUGCACAGCUACCAUUAUACUUCGAUCUGUUAUGGUCAAUCAUCCGAAAGGUUCCUGUUCGUAGCUACAAGGUAUACUACCACUAGUGUUUUCCUGGCUAAUCUCCUUAAAGUUUUUUUUCAGUUUUAAGGACAUAACUGUUACUUUUGGAGCUUGGGUUCUGUUUUUGCUCUGAUUAUUUUGGAGCAAUAGUUUCGUGUACAUUUUGUUUUUCAGUAUUUGAUGUGUUUGAUGUACUUGGAUAA